AUGAACCACAGGGGGCGUCCCCACCCGCUGUCCUCUUAUCUUUCCAACAUUCACGUGGAGGAAAAGAAGAUUCUCUUUUAUCACCCAAAUGAAGUAGAAAAGAAUGAAAAAAUUAGAAAUGUUGGAUUGUGUGAAGCUAUAGUACAGUUCACAAGGACCUUUAGUCCGUCAAAACCCGCAAAAUCCUUGCAUACUCAGAAGAAUAGACAGCUCUUCAAUGAACCUGAAGAAAAUUUCUGGAUGGUCAUGGUAGUAAGGAAUCCCAUAAUAGAAAAACACCACAAAGAUGGAAAACCAGUCAUUGAGUAUCAAGAAGAAGAGUUACUGGACAAGGUUUACAGUUCAGUCCUACAGCAGUGCUAUAGCAUGUACAAGCUUUUUAAUGGUACAUUCCUUAAAGCCAUAGAAGAUGGAGGUGUAAAAGUUCUAAAAGAGAGACUAGAGAAAUUCUUCCAUCGGUAUUUGCAAACACUGCAUUUACAGUCAUGUGAUCUGCUGGAUGUUUUUUGUGGAAUCAGCUUCUUUCCAUUGGACAAAAUGACUUACUUGAAAAUCCAGUCAUUUAUUAAUAGAAUGGAGGAGAGCUUGAACAUAGUCAAAUAUACUGCCUUUCUCUACAAUGAUCAGCUCAUCUGGAGUGGAUUAGAACAAGAUGACAUGAGAAUUUUAUACAAAUAUCUCACAACAUCCCUCUUUCCCAGGCACAUAGAGCCAGAGUUAGCAGGAAGAGAUUCCCCAAUACGUGCAGAAAUGCCAGGAAAUCUACAACACUACGGAAGGUUUCUUACUGGACCUUUAAAUCUUAAUGAUCCAGAAGCAAAAUGCAGAUUUCCCAAAAUAUUUGUAAAUACAGAUGGCACUUAUGAAGAACUUCAUUUAAUUGUUUAUAAGGCCAUGAGUGCAGCAGUCUGUUUUAUGAUUGAUGCCUCAAUGCAGCCUACACUGGAUUUUUGCCGUAAACUGGACAGCAUUGUUGGGCCUCAACUCACAGUAUUAGCAUCAGACAUAUGUGAACAAUACAACAUCAACAAAAGGAUAUCAGGGUCUGAGAAGGAACCUCAGUUUAAGUUUAUCUAUUUUAAUCAUAUGAACUUGGCAGAGAAAAGUACAAUUCACAUGAGGAAAACACCAAGUGUAUCACUCACAUCCGUUCACCCUGACCUCAUGAAGAUUCUAGGUGAUAUCAACAGUGAUUUUACUAGAGUUGACGAGGAUGAGGAAAUCAUUGUGAAGGCAAUGAGUGACUACUGGGUGGUUGGGAAAAAGUCUGAUCAACGGGAACUAUAUGUUAUUUUGAAUCAAAAAAAUGCAAACCUGAUUGAAGUUAAUGAAGAAGUAAAGAAACUUUGUGCAACACAGUUCAAUAAUAUUUUCUUCUUGGAUUGAUCUGCAAAAGGGCUGAUUUAUUGAGAAGAUCUAAAAAUGUCAGAAACAUUUUUGUUUAACAUGAAUGGUUAUUAGUCAUAUUAUUGACUUGAAUAAUGACAAUAGUAAAGCAAUACUUGCUUUGUAAGAAUCAUAUUUCUACUGAAGCUGUAAACUCUGAUCAUAAAAUUUUUAGAUUUUAAAAUAUUUAUGUGCAAAUUAAAUAAAACCAGUCUAAUUCAACUGUACCAUUCCAUUUCUCUGAUAUUGUUAUGUUAAUAUUUUACUGGAAAAUAAAAUUAAUAAUUGUUA